AUGUCGAGGUCAUUUUCGCAGUUAUUGACAUAUCGCUUAACUCCGAACGCGCCCGUUGAACAUGUCUUGAAUGAAGCCUUUCGCAAUUUGUGCAAGGACGAAGCACUCGAGGAGUUGUCUUGGGGGCGUUGGGUAGAGGAUGAAUCCUUCGUUGAUGUUCUGAUAACAUGGCAAGGGGGCAUCAACUCCAUCAACCCGGAGAAAGCAUUCCGGUAUCUAUCGCCUCUGAAUGCCCAUCUAAGAGGAGACAUUCCACCAGUGUCUCUAGUUCUCGAAUCGUCCCUAUCGGGCCUUCAUUUGACUCGAGACGAUGGCGCCCAUGUUACAAUCACUUCAUUCCGAAUUCCAGCCAGCGCUUACGCAGCUGAUCCAGGAAUCAAACAGAGGAUAGUCGAUGUGUUUCGAGCUUUGGCUCAUGGUGACCCUCGCCAUGGAUCUCAUUAUAUCCCUCCUCCGGAAGAUGAAAUCCCUUUAUCGCACAGGAUUGGCACUGCUGCGGGGCAUUGGAGUAGUGCCUGGGUUGAAUCUGGAUCAUCAUCAACAGAAAAAAAUGACGAUAAGCGCUGGAUCGCAUGUCUACAGUGGGACAUACCACAUCUAGAGACUGAAUUUAAGGCGAGGCAAAAUCGACAUUUUCUCCUACGUCUGCAGAAAAUAGACGGUAUCCAUGGUCUUGAUAUCGAGGACUCAUCGGAUGCGAAAUUCGAAGAGGACGACCCCGUGCUCGCAAGUAGAGCAUUCUGGAAGCCUAUUACAGAGACAUGGGAUACGAGCUUUGAAGAGCAUCAUGUUUUGUUUCGCAAGAUUGACAAGUACAGUAUGGUCGGGAAUGGAAGCUGGUCGUCUUGCAUUAUCCAAUAA